CUCUGUUUCUACUUAAUUUGUCUUAGUUUUUGUUGCUUCUUCUUGACAGUUAAGAGCUAUAGAUUUCUGUAAAUACCAAUGAAGUGUUGCAUGGGCAUGGAUCGGUUCAUUUUGGUUGUGUUUUUAGUGUUUAGUUUGGGUGUAUCAUGGUGCUACGGAGAAGGAGACAUUGGUGUGGCUCCAAUGGAGAAAGCAGAGCAAGAAGCACUUUACAGUGCCAUACAAGGCUUUAUGGGGAAUUGGUGGAAUGGGUCAGAUCUCUUUCCGGAUCCUUGUGGCUGGACUCCUAUAGAGGGUGUCUCUUGUGAUGUCUAUGACGGCCUUUGGUAUGUCACUUCCUUAAGCAUCGGAUCCAUUCAUGACAACUCCAUUAACUGUGUCACAAAUGUGGAAUUCAGAGCACAACUGUUUGAACUUAAGCACCUAAAAUCACUCUCCUUCUUCAACUGCUUCACAUCAUCUCGCCAACAUCCGGUCACCAUCCCUAGUAACGGCUGGGAAAUGCUUGCUGGCAGCCUAGAAUCAUUAGAGUUUCGAUCAAACUCCGGUCUGGUCGGAAAAAUUCCUACAAGUUUUGGUUGCCUAGUGAAGCUCCAAUCUUUAGUACUAAUAGAAAAUGGAUUGACAGGAGAGAUACCAACAAAUAUUGGCAACUUAAUCAACUUGAAGAGGCUAGUCAUGUCUGGAAAUUGGCUCAAUGGUCAUAUUCCUGAGAUUUUUGGUGGGUUAAGUGAACUACUAAUUCUGGAUUUAAGUAGGAAUUCACUGUCUGGGGCUAUGCCCUUGACUAUUGGAGCUAUGAGGUCGCUCUUGAAGCUUGAUCUGAGCAACAAUCAAUUGGAAGGAAAGGUCCCAAAAGAGAUUGGUUAUCUAAAGAAUGUGACCCUUUUGGACCUUAGAAAGAAUAAGUUUUCAGGUGGAUUGACUCAGUCACUUCAAGAGUUGUAUUCUUUAGAAGAGAUGGUCUUGUCCAACAACCCAAUAGGUGGAGACCUCAAGAGCAUAGAGUGGCAGAACCUGAAAAACUUGGUGAUUUUGGACCUCUCAAGCAUUGGAUUAGUUGGUGAAAUUCCUGAGUCCAUGGCUGAGUUGAAGAGGGUGAGAUUUUUGGGUCUUAGUAACAACAAGCUCACAGGCAAUCUUCCACCGAAGCUAGCAACUAUGCCCUGUGUUGGUGCAUUGUACCUAAAUGGAAACAAUCUGACAGGAGAGCUUCAAUUCUCUGAAUGGUUUUAUGGAAAAAUGGGGAGGCGCUUUGGGGCCUGGAACAACCCUAACCUUUGUUACCCAUUUUAUGUAAUCUCAACAGGUCAUAUGCCAUAUGGAGUUAAACCAUGCAAACAAGAGGUCACAUUGCUUGAACCCAAUUCAAAAUCCAGGUUGGUUACUGGUGAUGAGAACAAAAAAUCUCAUGUCAUGGUCUCUUUGGGAUUCUCAACGUCUGGUCUUAAUGAGUUUGGCUGGAUUUUAACAGUUGAGAUACUCAUGGUUCUUCUACUCUUCAACUCUUUUAUAUAAGCUUCUAUCUAGUGCUAAGAUGCUAGGUCUAGAAUUAAUUUGUUUAGAUGUAACAGUUGUGUCAUUUAUCUUUUUAAUCUUCUCUCGUUGCUAGUCACCUAACACAAAGCUGAUAGCUUUGUUCUGUAACACUAAUUUCUAACAGUGAUGAUAUUUCAUUAGCUGAAAUGAAAUGGGUGAGAGCUACUUUGAGUAUAUGCAAACAUGGAAAUAUAUAUAUGCAAA